AUGUCUGGUAUUCCUAGUUACAACUUACUGAACGGAAAACACAAGGAUCGGGUCUGGUUUACUGCCGAGGCAAUGAUGUAUAUCGUAUCGAACGACACACUUAACCUUAUAUGCGGCUUACUAGAUAAGCUUGGUGAACGAGUAUCUAUCACCGAGGAAGUGGUCGAAGCGGUGCGCCACGCAACGAUCGUGCAACGUCUAUUGAAACAUACUCCAUCCGUCCAGGUAACCGAGAGAGCGGUGCUUCUCGCAGCUGAAAGUUGGUCUGGUGUAGAAAUCCUCAGAGCCUUCGUUGAGCACAACAACAGGUUACCGAUUACUCCAGAAGCGAUUGAAGCAGCUGUCAACGAUGAUUUUGAUAGCGAAAAGAAAAUGAAAAUUUUGCUCGAGAAUUCUCCGUUGGUGGGAAUAACGGAAAAAGCAGUAGCAGCAGUGGCAGCCUCUGGCUAUCUUGGCAGCGAGAGAAUCUUUGAUAUAUUGUUUGCCGAGUGUAAAGGAGAGAUCACAUUGAAUUUGCAGAGGGGCACGGAAUAUUUGGUCACACGGCUUCUGUGGGGGGGUCAUGGAGCUACCCUUGUUGGACCCCCGAUAGAAGAGGCCGUGCGAGUUGACAACCCUGAAAUGGUGGCUUUGGUGCUGAAGAAUCAAGGAAUGCCCAAAAGCCCGUCUACUAAAGCAGUGGAAGGCGCAGUCGGAAACAUUUCCGCAGGAAAAACCAUUUUGGAGGUACUUCUCGGUCAUGGCCUUCAAAUGGAGAUAACAGAAUCUGUGGUACGGAGUGCAGCGCGCAACUUCACCAAUGGUUAUGAGCUGAUAAAUCUCCUUCUCGGCGAUGGGGAGAGGGUACGAGUGUCGCAGUCAGGGACAGAGGCGAUUGCUGGCCUAUUACGUCCUGCAACCGUGCGUCUCCUGUUUGAGAGGCGCGAGGGCGAGUUCACGAUAUCAACGAGGAUGAUUGAAGCGGCCGCGAGGAAUAGCUGCGAUGUCUUGGAGAAAGCAGCCGAAAUCGCGACUGGGCACUCAACGGAAGCACUUCAAGUCCUGCUCGAGCAAUGGGGACAUCAAAUCUGCAUCACACUGAAGGUGAUGGAAGCUGCAGCUAUCAGCUACUCGGUCUACGACACGGUCAAGAUGCUUUUCGACAUACGUCCCGACGAGGUCUGCCUAUCAGAGGAUUUCUGGGUAGCGGUUGCUGGAAGCCAUCAUGUUCCAGAGCAGAGUGUGGAUCAGCUUUCUGAGUACUGCAACUGUAUUCAGAUCACAGAGGACCUUGUUAACGCGGUGCAUAAACGGGGCCCGUUCAACAAAGACUUAUUGAGCAAGCUUCUCUGCCACAACAAGGUGCGGAUCACUACCAGCGGAGUACAGGCAAUUGUGAAAUUGUUGGAUUGGGAGACCUUCACUUUGAUGAUGGGUCAACACAGACAUUAUAUCCACCUCGUGGACAGAAUUGUUGAAGUUGCAGCAGAGAACGAGGAUCAUGGGUUUGAAAUUGUCGAGUUUCUAAUUCUUGAGCAUAAUGAAUCACGUCCUUGGUGCAUUGAACGUAUUCUCGAAGCGGCUGCGAGGAAUCCACGAGCCGGCUUUCAUAUCAUGCAACUUCUCCUCUGUGAAUUCCCACAUGCGCGAUCCGUCACGGAAAGGGGAACGGAUCUUCGAGUACUUCUCGAUGAACGGGAUGGCGAAGCGGUGGUCACGAAUGCCGUGGUUAAGGCAGCCAUUGCCAAUUCGCUUCCGGAAAGUAUCAUAAUGGAGUUGCGACAACUGGUUGAAGAUUCAUGA